ACUUCUUCCGUUUUGUUGUCACGUGACAGUCACAGUCCCACCCUUACUAUACAGCACAGACUGAGACUGUACUGAAACUUUCAAGAUGUCUAUCCGACAGACUUUAACAAUUACAGAUGAUCAACUAUGUGAGUUAAUGGAAACAUUUAAUACGAUUGACAAAGAUGGCAGUGGCUCUAUAGAAGUUUCCGAACUACAACAUGCGCUAGAACUGUGUGGAAUGAAAAUACCCAACUACCAGGUCCGAGAUCUUAUAGCUAAAUAUGACACAAAGGUCAAGGAUGGAAAAAUUGACAUCGAUGAAUUCAAACAGAUGUAUGCUGACUUGAAAGAGGAAAAAGAUAUUGGAAUAACAUUUAAAAAGCAAGUCCAAACUCGUAAAGAUGUUGAGACAAUGGGAGGGAGCUCCCAGGCUUCUGUGGAGGGUACCACCCACACCGUUAGAAAGGAGGAACAGAAAGCCUUCGCUGACUGGAUCAACAGGGCUUUGGCUGAUGACCCAGACUGUGCCAAGUACCUCCCCUUGUCAUCCAUGGGUGAGGAUCUGUACAAGAAGACCCAGGAUGGUAUCCUGCUGUGUAAACUUAUCAACAAGUCUGUACCAGAUACCAUCGAUGAACGUGCCAUCAACAAAACAAACCUCAGCAUUUAUCGCAGGGCCGAGAACCACAAUUUGGCCCUGAUGUCCGCCCAGUCCAUUGGCUGUAACAUCGUCAACAUCGGGGACGAUGAUUUGGAGAAGUGUAAACCUCAUCUUGUUCUUGGCCUGUUAUGGCAGGUCAUUAGGAUUGGUCUGCUAAGUGAUAUUAACUUGGCUAACCACCCUGGUCUUGUAAAUCUUCUGGAAGAAGGGGAAACUCCAGAGGACCUUAAGAAACUGUCUCCAGAACAGAUCCUGAUCCGCUGGGUCAAUUACCACCUCAGGAACGCCGGAAUUGACCGCAGGAUCAAUAACUUCCAGAAUGACAUCAAGGAUUCAGAGGCUUACUGCUAUUUACUGGAGCAGAUUGCACCUAGAGAAAACAAUGUCAUGUCAGGUCCUCCUAUGUCUGAACAUAAUUUGGAGCAGAGAGCUGAGCUUAUGUUACAGGAGGCAGACAAGAUUGGCUGUCGCAGCUUCGUGUCGCCUAAAGAUGUGACGUCGGGUAACUAUAAGCUGAAUAUGGCCUUCGUGGCUAACCUAUUCAACCAGUUCCCAGCCCUGGAACCCCCAGAGGAUAUGGAGAUGGAUGUCGUAGAAGAAACCAGAGAAGAAAAGACAUACAGAAACUGGAUGAACAGUUUGGGAGUGCAGCCCUAUGUACAUUAUCUUUACUCUGACCUUCAGGAUGGUCUUGUGUAUUUCAAAUUAUAUGACAUUAUCAGACCAGGGGUCGUGAACUGGAAGAGGGUCAUUCAGAAGUUCAACAAAUUAAAAAUUAACUUUGAAAAAUUAGAGAAUUGUAAUUAUGUAGUAGAACUAGGAAAAGAAUGUAAGUUUUCCUUGGUGGGCAUCAGUGGAGCAGAUAUUAAUGAAGGAAACCCCACACUGACUCUUGGUCUGGUGUGGCAGCUGAUGAGAGCCUACACACUAAGUAUCCUCAGACAGCUGGCUGGAGGGGACUCACUUAUCAAUGAUGCUGCCAUCAUUGAAUGGGCUAAUGCCAAGUUGCGAGAGGGAGGUAAAAAGACCAGUUUCACAGGUUUUAAUGAUUCCACUUUGUCAGAUGGUAAAACAAUAAUUGACCUCAUUGACUGCAUCAGACGAGGAAUGAUCAAUUACGACUUAGUAAAGGACGGACACUCAGAAGAGGACAAGAUGUCCAAUGCUAAAUAUGCCAUUUCUAUGGCCAGAAAAGCAGGAGCUAAGGUGUACGCUCUUCCAGAGGACAUUGUUGACGUUAAACAAAAAAUGAUUAUGACCAUUUUUGCCUGUCUUAUGGCAAGAGACAUGAGGAGCCAACAGAAUGGAGAAACAUCGUAGACAUAACCAAUAUCAGCUUGCAUUUUCUGUUUGUACAACAAAAGUCAAAAAAUUUGCUUCAAAUAUUUUUUUUCUUUAUUCACUUAGUUUCAAUAUAUUAUAUGGAACUGCUAGAACGGUAUAGGAAAUUAAAUUGUGCGAGCAGAAGGAAAAAGUGAAAAAUCAUGAUGAUUUUUGCAGUAUUAUGUUUGAAGACAAAAUUUUCCAUGUUUUGAAAAAAAAGAUUUUUUUUUACAUUUCUUCCUUUAUGCAAAAGUUGUCAUAGCAAUAAACUAAACAUGCAUGUAUGCUCGUGUACUUAACUGUUGAGCAUGUACAAUUUCCUUUUUACUGGGAAUUUUUGAAAGCGUGGACCAAAAUGUGCCAACUAUGCAAUGGGACCACAUCAUAUACAUUUUCAGAUAUAGUCAGUAGAAAGGUUCAUAAAUUUAUUUUUCUAAUUUUAGAAAAAAAAAUUUUGUUUUCAUAUUUAUUUUAUGAACAAUAUAAUAAAGUAUACACUUCCUGUAUAUUUGUUCACCAUAUUAUCUGUGAUUUUUUUUUAUUACUUUUGAACUAUCAUGACAUUAAACAAUCAUAUAAAAAAAACUGAAGUGAUGCAUAAGCCUGUCUCUAUAGUCUCUAGUUUUUUAAUCAUUUAACCUGUAGUGUUAGCCACGGUUUAGAUCUGAUGAAAACAUGGUAGAUAAUUAAGAUGAGGAAACAAUAGUGCUGGAUAAAAUGCUUCCAUAUCACAUUCCAGUCAGAGACUUUGAAAAUCUUAUUUUUUAGGUCAGAAAAUUUCAUUUUUGACUGUCUAUAGUUCUUAUUGGAACAUUUGUUGAAACUUUGUUAGGGAGUACAUAUUUAUAUAAGUGUGACCACUUCCAAUAGUUUGAACAUAUGGCUGAAUUUGAAUUCAUUUGUAUCAUUAUUAUAAAACAUCACCAUUCAACAGAAAUUUAUUUUUUAUCUUGUCUAAUUAUUGCUGUUAUUGACAUAUGCUUGAAUGAAUAAAAGCCUAAAAAAUAACAUUUAUACAUUCUAGAUUUAUUAAUAAAACCAAUUUGAAAACAAAA